UCAUGCAAGUCAAUGUCAUGAACUUCUCAACACGUCAUAUAAUGCCCAUUUAAUUUCCGAUUAUUUAAAUGAAAUUAAGAAGCUGCCAUUGUUUGUCAGAUAUUAAUAUUUUAUUACUCCACACUCUUGAGUCUGAGAACGUCAAUUGUUGUAAAGUAAUUUAAACUCAAGAAAUGGUGGAUACAACUUUGAAGGGCAAGUGGGAGGAUUAAGAAGCUAAUUAAGUCCGGAUUAAUUAGCAGACUCAAGAGAUGACUAGUACUACUCUUGAUGAUCAGCUCCUGCUUUUGGAAGAUGCACUUCUUCAGGAGGAGAAUUGUAAACUAACUACUGGAGAUGGCGCACAAGAUUUUCAAGGGAGGCCUGUUUUCAAGAGUAAAACUGGAAAUUGGAGAGCCUGCUUUUUUAUUCUUGGUAAUGAGGUCUGUGAACGUCUUGCCUUCUAUGGUGUUAAUACAAACCUUGUUAGUUAUCUCACCAGAAAAUUACAUGAAGGAAAUGUCUCCGCUGCAAGAAUGGUCUCUAUCUGGUCAGGCACAUGUUACAUAACACCUCUUAUUGGAGCUUUCUUGGCUGAUGCAUAUUGGGGCAAAUAUUGGACUAUUGCUGUUUUCUCCAUUAUUCAUUUCCUCGGAAUGUCUACACUGACCCUAUCUGCAUCAGUUCCGACGUUCAAGCCUGCUGAAUGUGAGGGUUCCAUUUGCCCUUCAGCUACCCCGUCACAAUAUGCAAUAUUAUUCACAGGGCUUUAUUUAGUUUCACUAGGAAUGGGAGGGAUUAAGCCAUGUAUUUCCUCGUUUGGUGCUGAUCAGUUUGAUGAUACUGACCCUUACGAGAGGGUAGAGAAGGCGUCUUUUUUCAAUUGGUUUUAUUUUUCUAUCAGCAUUGGUUGCCUUUUAGCGAGUACUCUUAUUGUUUGGAUACAAGAAAAUGUUGGAUGGGGAAUAGGGUUUGGGAUUCCUGCCUUAUUCAUGGUUGUUUCUAUUGUAUUUUUCUUUUGUGGAACUCCCCUCUACCGGUUUCAAAGACCUGGAGGAAGUCCGUUAACGAGGAUAUGCCAAGUUGUAGUUGCAUCAAUGGUGAAGUUCAAAUUGGAAGUUCCACAGGAUACUAGUCUUCUUUAUGAGACUUCAGACAUACAUUCAGCAAUUGAAGGAAGUCGAAAGCUAGAGCACACUGAAGAAAUGAAGUUCCUGGAUAAAGCAGCUGUUUUGUCAGCCACUGAGAUGAAAACUGAGGAUUUCUCCAAUAGUUGGAGAUUAUGUACAGUGACACAGGUCGAAGAACUAAAGGUAUUAAUCCGUAUGAUCCCUAUCUGGGCAACUGCAAUUAUCUUUUCGUCUGUCUACGAACAAAUGUCAACCACAUUCAUCGAGCAAGGAAUGGUGAUGGACAGAAGAAUAGGUUCCUUUACAAUCCCAGCAGCCUCCUUAUCAACUUUCAGUAUAAUCAGCAUCAUAUUUUGGGUCCCUUUCUAUGAUAAGAUUCUUGUGCCUAUAGCUAGGAAGUUUUCAGGCAAACCAAAGGGUUUCACCGAGUUGCAAAGAAUGGGUAUCGGUCAAGUCAUCUCCAUUUUGUGCAUGUUAGCUGCUGGUAUGGUAGAGAUCAGACGGUUGGCAGCCCCACAACGUAGUAGUAGCAGCAUUUUCUGGCAAAUCCCUCAAUACUUCCUGAUGGGGGCUGCAGAGAUAUUCUUUUACAUAGGGAAGAUGGAGUUCUUUUAUGAUGAAUCACCUGAUGCUAUGAGAAGUUUGUGUACUGCAUUCUCGCUAUUAACAUCUUCGUUGGGAAGUUACUUGAACUCGCUAGUGUUAACGAUUGUGACAGCCAUUACAACUGCCGGGGGAAGACCGGGAUGGAUACCGGAUAAUCUAGACAACGGUCAACUUUAUAAUUAUUUCUUUCUGUGGGCUGUUCUCAGCUUGUUGAACCUGUUGGUGUACAUCCUUUGUGCCAUGAGGUAUAAACAGAAGAAGGCUUCAUAGGGAUAUAUUCUGCAUAAGUAGUAUUCACUUUAUUGUAAAUUUGUGAUGCUCAAAUUCUCAGCAAAGUUUUUAUGUGAAUCAAUCAAACUGUGUCAUUUUUCA